UCAUUUGCGUUUGGCCAAAGUGGACAAAAAUAUAUUAAAUUUUACAAAGGUGCCAACAAAAAGGGAGAUGCUCGGCCUAAAUAUGUCCGUAUACGACCCAUACGGAUUCCUGUGCGACUUUAUGGUGACGUCAAAGGUGCUAAUGCAGAAGGUCUGGAAAUGUGGGAUUCUUUUACGGUGAUACAGUGGAUUCGGUCAGAUCACCGAAAAUACAAGCAAUAUGUGGCAAAUCGUGUGGCUGAGAUAUUGGACGGCAGCAGCAUUGAACAAUGGAGGUGGUGCCCUGGUAACGAGAACACUGCAGACGAAGGAACUCGCUCAAAACUGUUCAAGCCAUAUGAACCCGAAGGACGUUGGAAAAAUGGACCAACGUUUUUGCGGAAGGCGGAAUCGUAUUGGCCGAGUGAGGUGCACAAUCAAAUGAAAAAGGAUGAAAGUGGCUCAGAACUGCGAUCCAAGCACAGAGUUCUGGUGGCUCAGAAGGUAUGUUGGUGCAUUCCAAAUAUUGAUAAUUUUUCCAAUUACAGAAGGCUGAAACGGGCUAUGGCAUGGGUGUUCCGGUAUGUGCAAAACAUGAGGCGUAAAAUCAAAGGUGAGGCGUUGUUCUUGGGUGAUCUGUCCCUGGAAGAAGAAGAGAAUGCCGUGUCUUAUCUGUGCCGUCAUGUGCAACGUCAACAAUACGAAGACGAACUUGAGGACCUGAAAAAACAACACUCAGUGAGCCAAAGCAGCCAAUUAUUGUCGCUGAAUCCCUUUGUUGGCCAAGAUGGCUUAAUUCGUGCGUCUGGGAGAAUCCAAAAUGCUGCCUUUUUGAAUCUGGAAGCCAGGCAGCCCAUAAUUUUGCCGAAAAAUCAUCGGUUCACCAGGUUAUUGGUGGAAUUCUACCACAGAAAGUUCCUGCACAUCAACACUGCCACUGCUAUGAGCGAAAUACGUCAAAAGUACUGGGUGCCAUCACUGCGUCAACUAUUAAACAGCAUCCAGAGCCACUGUUCCGCCUGCAAACUUCGUCGAGCCAGGCCACGUCAACCCCAGAUGUCUGCCUUACCGAUGGAGAGGGUGACCCCAUACGUUCGAGCCUUCACAUACACAGGACUUGAUUAUUUUGGCCCAGUAAGUGUUGGAAUCCGCCGUCAACGUGAGAAAAGGUGGGUUGCUCUUUUUACCUGCUUUACAACCCGUGCCAUCCACCUGGAGAUUGCCACAGACCUAUCCAGCGAUGCUUGCCUGAUGUGUAUCCGCAACUUCAUUAAUAGAAGAGGUGUCCCUGUAUCCAUAAGAAGCGACAACGGGACCAAUUUUUUUGGCAUAGCAAAGGAAUUACAAGGUAUUGAUAUGUUUUUGGAUACUAAUAGUCUCUCUUCAGGUUUGACGGCACUGGGCAUCAAAUGGAUAUUCAACACUCCGUUGAAUCCAAGUGAAGGCGGCGUAUGGGAACGGCUUGUGCAGUCCGUGAAGAAGGCAUUGUACAUCAUGUUGAAAGAGCAGGCUCCAAAGCUCGAAACGCUCCAAUCGUUUCUAAUCGAAGCAGAGAACAUCAUCAAUUCGAGACCCUUGACUCAUCUACCUGUGACUCCCGAAGACCCGGAACCAUUGACCCCGAAUCAUUUUCUGCUUGGGUGCACUAAUUCAACCCAAACUCCGGCACCAUAUGAGCCCAUAUUGAUGUGUCUUCGAAAGCAGUGGCGUGUGGUGCAGAACUUAAAGAACGGCAUGUGGCAUCAAUGGCUGCAUGAAUAUCUUCCUGAGCUGACGAGAAGGACGAAAUGGUGUUUGCCAUCACAACCGUUGGACGUGGGCUGCCUUGUUUUUAUUUGUGACCCAGAUCUUCCAAGAAGCCAAUGGAAAAGAGGGCGUGUCAUCGAGCUCCAUCGCGGCAAAGAUGGUGUAGCACGUUCAGCCGAAGUGCGCACAGAUGUGGGUGUCUACCGCCGUCCUGUUUCCAAGUUGGCCAUACUAGACGUUGAAGACUCUGCUGGUGAAGGUGAAGCCUCCCCCUCUGGGUCAGUUCACGGGGGUGGGGAUGUCGUUUGAGGGCAACCCUGCUCGACGGUAACCCUGCUGUUGCAAAAUGCUGGUGCAACUGACAGCAAUGAACUACAAUGGCUGAAAUAUCCCAAGCCAAUUUGCAACAUAUCUUCAUUUUGUUUAUUGUUUUUGUUUAUUUUUAAGCCAAUUUUUUUGUAUAAAUAGGCCCUUCUGGCAAAUACUUGUUCUUUUCUAUUCGUGAUACCAAAAAAACAUGUAAGUCGUGCUUUGCAUUUUUUGUUGUAAUUUUUAUUGAACUUGUUAAAGUUUUAAAGUGUUAAAUGUAAAUUUUAACUUGAAUCUUUAUUUAUUAAUAGUGAAUAAACAACACAUUAACGUAACCUCACACCUUAAAAACACACACACACAUCAAAUGUACAACCCUUAUAUUUAAAAUACAAAACACAUAUCAAGCAAAAUAAAUAUAUCCAGCAGUUUCAUCAUUUCAAACAUAAA